AUGACGCACUUUUCCCUCGGCUCCAAUCUGGAGGAUCCCCUUGUAAACCUGCUGGAGCUAAUGGAUUUCCUGGAGGGUCAUGAGAUCCGCUGUGUCUGGAUAUGUGGAUAUUCUGUGCGAGAGCACCCUCUGGCGAACAGUCUGUGUCCAGAGUGUUCCUUUAAACUAAACCAUCAUCACAAGAGAAAGGAAGUAACAGUGAAGAAGAGACGGCGAUCAAAAGAGAACGUGGACAAGUCACUGUCAAAGACAUCCAAAUCAUCCAGAAAGCACAAGCGCAAACACAAAAAGAGGCGCAAAGAAUACUCAUCUUCAAGUUCAGAGGAGUCCCAGGGUUCAGAUAAAGAUGCAGAGGGUGGAGAAGAAGAGGAAGAGGGUCCUUCAGAGUCAGACCACUGGAGGGGUCCAGCGCCCACCGUGGAGGAGAAGUCACGGGAGGAAGAGUUUGACGAAUAUUUUGAAGACAUGUUUCUCUGAGUCGAAGGAAAGGAAGAUCCAAGAGAAUCUCAUGCCUACGGUUUUCUUUUAUAACUGUUAGCUUUGUUUUUGAGAAGUGUAGUUUGAUUACAAUUUGGUGAUUAUUAUGUACAUUUUUGUAAUAAUUUCUACUGGGUUUCAUUCAAGCAUAAAAAUGUGCAUGUGUAGGCCUUAUUCAUAAAACAUUACCACAUUUUGUG